AUGCUCAAGUUGCUCGUCGUCGCGUUUCUCGUCUUGAUUCCGCUCGCGUCGGCACUUCUUGGCGCCGUCGGAAGCAAACAGACGGUUACCGUCAUUGGAAAACUGACGUGCAACGGACAGCCGGCGCGCGAUGUUCGCGUCAAAUUGUUCGAAGACGGAACCAUCUAUGACUCGAAAUUGGAUUCGGUGAAGACUUCCAUGGACGGAACGUUCCGCGUCUCCGGAUCGCAACGCAAGAUCAGAAAGAUCGACCCAAAGAUCAACAUCUACCACAGAUGCAACUAUUCAGGAAUCUGCCCAAAGAAGGUCACCAUUCAUGUGCCAAAGAAUGCGAUUGCCAAGGGAAACAAAGGAGCUGACACAUUCGACAUCGGAAUCCUCAACUUGGCCAAUCGUUUCCCAGGAGAAGGCACCGAUUGCAUUCAUUAA